GAGCCGGGGGCCGGGGGCCCCGCGAUGGCCGCGGAACGCAGCCACAGGGAGCCGCGGCGAGGAUACCCGGGCGCCCCUCCCACGCGGGGCGCAGCCUCCGCCUAAGUCCGCCGCCCAACCGGCGGGAUGGGGGGCGGAGGGUCUGCCCUGAGGGUCUGCGCGGACCACCGCGGGGGCAUCAACUGGCUCAGCCUGAGCCCCGACGGGCAGCGCCUGCUGACGGGCAGCGAGGACGGCACGGCCCGACUCUGGAGCACCGCGGACGGCCAGUGCUGCGCCCUCCUGCAAGGGCAUGAAAGCUACGUGACCUUCUGCCAGCUGGAGGACGAAGCCGCCUUCACGUGCAGUGCUGACUGCACCAUCAGGAAGUGGGAUGUGCUGACCGGGCAGUGUCUGCAGGUGUUCCGGGGACACACGUCCAUUGUGAACAGGAUCCUGGUCGCCAACAACCAGCUCUUCAGCAGCUCCUACGACCGGACAGCUCGAGCCUGGAGUGUGGACAAGGGGCAGGUGGCCCGGGAGUUCCGGGGCCACCGCAACUGUGUGCUGACUCUAGCCUACUCUGCCCCCCAGGACCUCCCUGGGGCUCCGUGCAUGGAGGAGGCCGUGGCCAGGGGGCUCCUGGUGACGGGCAGCACGGAUGGCACGGCCAAGGUCUGGCAGGUGGCCAGCGGCUGCUGCCACCAGACACUGCGGGGCCACACAGGUGCUGUGCUCUGCCUGGUGCUGGCCACGCCUGGUCACACGGCCUUCACUGGCAGCACAGAUGCCACCGUCCGAGCCUGGGACAUCCUGAGUGGGCAGCAGCUGCGUGUGUUCCAGGAGCACCAGGGCUCCGUCAUCUGUCUGGAGCUGGUGAACCGGCACGUGUACUCGGGCAGCACCGACAGGACGGUCAAGUGCUGGCUGGCAGACACGGGCGAGCGUGUGCGCACGUUCGCGGCCCACAGACACAGCGUGAGCGCCCUCAAGUACCACGCGGGCACCUUGUUCACGGGGAGCGGGGACGCCCGCGCGCGCGCCUUCGACGCCCAGUCUGGAGCGCUGCGGAGGGUGUUCCGCGGCCACGCCUUCAUCAUCAACUGCAUCCAGGUGCACGGCCAGGUGCUCUACACGGCCUCGCACGACGGCGCGCUGCGCCUCUGGGACGUGCGCGGCCUCCCGCGCGCCCCGCCGCCGCGUCCCGCCGCCCCCAAGCGCAGCCUCUCGCGCCUCUUCAGCAACAAAGUGGGCUGCGCCGCCGCCGCGCCCCUGCAGCCGGCCUGA